UCGAUUUUUAUGGUGCGCUGUGCCUGAAACUAAACCCCGUGAACUUUCCAUGGACCCAGCUCUCUACAUCAGAACAAGAGCUAAAGAAAGCAACUCCUCGUGUAUCCUUUUGAACAUUACGUUAGCUCACAGUUAGUUGCUGCUGUUCACAUGAUUCAUUUAGCGUCCAUCGUUUUCUAUAAAUUCUGAACAACCCCUCCGUUUCAUUCCAUAAACUGGUAAAAUGGACAUCGGUGUCGGGAUCCGAUGCUUUAUUCUGCUACCACUACUACUCGUGUCCUGCUGCGCUUUUCGCUGCUCUUUUGCUGAGAACGAGAAGGUUCAAUCUGCGGUGGUGGUCGGGACUGUAUACUGUGAUACCUGCUUUCGCCAGGAAUUCUCAAAGGCGAGCCGCUUCAUUUCAGGUGCUUCAGUCGCCAUUGAAUGCGGAGAGUUCAGAAAAGAGGUGAAGACUAACCGACGCGGAAUGUUCAGAGCUCGUCUACCCACGAAAAUAAGCAAGCACAUCGACAGCGUAGGAUCUUGCUCGGUAAAACUUAUAAGAAGCAAUCAUCCAUUCUGCUCUGCGGCUUCAUUUGCAACUUCGUCUGGCCUUCGUCUUAAAUCCAAGAGGAAAGAUCUCCAUGUUUUCUCCGCAGGCUUCUUCGCCUUCAAGCCGUUGAAACAGCCAGAGCUCUGUAACCAAGAGCCUAAACCUCAACAAACAAUUGCAGAACCUGAUUUAAUCUUCCCUCCGUUCUUUCCACCGCUCCCUUUAGUACCACCACCGUCGCUUUUACCCCCGGUGAUUCCAUCACCACCACCAUCAUUUCCACCAACACCACCGCCGCCUGCCUCCAUUUUCCCACCAUUUCCUAUACCAUUGCCUCCGAGUCCGCUAAUUCCUGGCAACCCUCCCCAUCCAGAGAAAACAUCACCGUGAUGUAGCAAUGUUUUGGUGAAGUAUGGGAAAUGUUUAGGACCUGCAGCUUGUUAGUCUCUUCAGUUCUAUGUUUUUCAGAUUAGAAGUGGCAAUAUGUGUACAUGUAAUGUCAAGUUUUAACUAUGUAAUGAGAUUGUACUUCUUGUGUUUGAUUUCAGAUA